CGCGGGCGCGGGGCGAUGGCGGCGGCGGCGGCUGAGGCGGGCGGGCUGCUGGCGGGCGCCGUGGGCUGGGGGCUGCUCGGCCUCACGCUGCCCAACAGCUACUGGCGCGUGUCCACCGUGGACGGCAGCGUCAUCACCACGUCCACGCUCUUCGAGAACCUGUGGCAGAGCUGCGCCACCGACUCCACGGGCGUGUACAACUGCCGCGACUUCCCCUCGCUGCUCGCGCUCUCCGGAUACCUGCAGGCAUGCCGGGCCCUGAUGAUUGCGGCGCUGGUGCUGGGCUUCUUGGGGCUGGCAGCCGGCGCCGUGGGACUGCGCUGCACACGUGUGGCUGAGGGCAGCCCUGGCUUCAAGGCCCGGAUGGCAGUGGCUGCCGGAGCCCUGCUGCUGCUGGCUGGGCUGUGCGGCAUGGUGGCACUGUCAUGGUAUGCCUUCAACAUCACACGGGACUUCUUCGACCCGCUCUACCCUGGCACAAAGUAUGAAAUCGGGCCAGCGCUGUAUCUGGGCUGGAGUGGGGCCCUGCUGGCAAUGGUGGGGGGUAGCUGCCUGCUGGGCUCCUGCCGGGCUGCCCAUGGCCCCCAGGACAAGAGCUACAGCUACAGCUACCAUCAUGGUGCCCCUGCACCUGCAACAGGUGCUUCUGCUGCCAGCAGCAUGGGGCGAUACGGCAAGAACGCCUACGUCUGAUGGGGAGGCAUGUGGGGGCCCGUCUGCGCCCACGGGCUGCCCCUGCCAUGGCCCUGAUCCUUGCAGAAGCUGGAGGGGUGGGUGGGAAGGGGCAUCAUGCCAGGGGGAGCUGGCACACACCUGUGAGGGUGUGUGCCUGGAUGUAUGAGUGCGUGUGUGUGUGUGCAUGCACAUGAGUAUAUAUAUGUGCCAGCAUGAAUGCAUGUGCAUGCUUGUGCGCACACGUGAGGGCAUGUGACUGCGUGCUUGCAUGUACAUGUGAGUAUAUACAAGCGUAUGUGCUAGUGUGAAUGCAUGCUUGUGUGCAUGUGUGCAAGGGCAUGUGACUGCAUGCUUGUAUGCAUGUGUAGACAUGUGUGUGUGUGCUGGCGUGAAUGCAUGCAAGUACAUGCUUGCGUGCACACAUGCGAGGGCAUGUGACUGCAUGCUUGCUGGGCACCAGUAUGUACACAGGCGCACACGUAUGUGUGGUGUGAAUGCGUACAAGUGCAUGCUUGUGUGCACAUGCAAGGGCCUGCAUGUAUGGGUGUAUGCCUGUGGGUAUACCCGAGUGCAUGUGCGUGCACACAUGCCUGUGCAGGAGUGCAUGCAUGGCUGUGUGCACACAAGUGAAUGGGUGAGCACGCAAGUACCCACAUUGCUAGUGCAUGCAUGUGCAAGCACAUGGGCACCUGCAUAUGGCUACAUGUGCACAUACCUGUGAGUGCCUAUAUGUGGCUUUGGGGCUGUGUGCCAAUGCCUGUGCGUGCUCAUGCCCCGCAGCCUGCUGCCCGCCCCCUGCCCCAGGGGUGCUCUGUGGAGCAGAGUGUGUAGGCGGGUGGUCUCUGCAUCUCCCCUCCCUCCAGCAGGUGACACGAAACCUGACCCUGGAAGGGGGGGACUUGUGCCAGGUGCCACCGGCCUGGAGUUUUGUACAAAAUAAAAGUUUUAUUUUAGUGGA